GCACAGAGUUCCCGGACCUGCAGAGGAACUGCACCGCAGUGCCCCUCAUCCCCAUCAUCAUCACCGCUGUGUACUCCGUGGUCUUCGUGGUGGGUUCGGUGGGUAACUGUCUGGUUAUGUACGUGAUCGUCAGACACACAAAGAUGAAGACAGCUACAAAUAUUUACAUAUUCAAUCUUGCUGCAGCAGAUGCUCUAGCAACAAGCACAAUGCCCUUUCAAAGUGCUGACUAUCUAAUGGGGUCCUGGCCAUUCGGAGAUUUGUUGUGUAAAAUAGUGGUUUCCAUUGAUUAUUACAACAUGUUCACCAGUAUAUUCACGUUGACAAUGAUGAGUAUUGAUCGCUAUAUUGCUGUGUGUCAUCCGGUGAAGGCAUUGGACUUCCGCACUCCUUUUAAUGCAAAAAUAAUAAACGUGUGUAUCUGGCUCCUCUCCUCAGUUAUUGGCAUACCUGUCAUAGUGCUGGGGGCGACUGGAACAAGGGAAGGUAAUGUUGAGUGUGGAUUGCAGUUCCCACAUUCCUACUGGUACUGGGACACUCUGCUGAGAAUCUGUGUGUUUGUGUUUGCCUUUGUUAUACCAGUGAUCAUCAUCACAGUGUGCUACACCCUGAUGAUUUUACGCUUGAAGAGUGUCAGACUGCUGUCUGGCUCCAGGGAGAAAGAUAGAAACCUGCGGCGCAUUACACGAAUGGUGCUUAUUGUGGUAGCGGUUUUCAUUAUCUGUUGGACUCCCAUACAUAUCUUUGUACUAGUCAAGGCUUUGGGGAAUCUCCCAGAGACCACUGCGGUAUCCGCCUGCUACUACUUCUCAGUAGCUCUUGGAUACACCAACAGCAGCCUUAACCCUAUCCUCUAUGCUUUCCUGGAUGAAAACUUCAAAAGAUGCUUCAAAGAUUUUUGCUGUUCAUCUGGGUUGAGGCAGGAGAUGCAGACUGGCAGCAGAGUAAGGAAUACCAUGCAGAAUGUUGCUUAUUCUAGCAAUAAUGCAGAUAACACAAACAGGCCGGUAUGA